UUAAGGUCGCACCGCGCCGGCCCCUUUUUCUCUAGUUUCCUUGUUUCCACCCGGGCUCAGUUGGGCGACGGCUCGGCUUCCUUUCAGCUAUGGAGCCUGUGGGCUCCGCGCCGGGAGGGGUUCCCGGGUCUUUGGAGCAUCCCGCAGACCCGGACAACCGGCUGUUUCUCGUGAAAGGUGGAAUUUUUCUUGGUACAGUUGCUGCUGCAGGAAUGCUGGCUGGUUUUGUUACAACUUUGUCACUGGCUAAAAAGAAAAGCCCUCAAUGGUUCAAUAAGGGAAUUACUGCCACAGCUGCUUUACCAGAGAGUGGUUCUUCUCUUGCCUUGCGAGCAUUGGGUUGGGGCUCACUUUAUGCAUGGUGUGGAGUUGGUGUAAUCAGUUUUGCAGUCUGGAAAGCUUUAGGAGUUCACAGUAUGAAAGACUUUCAGAGUAAAAUGCAAUCAAUAUUUCCAGUGAUUCCCAAGAACCCUGGGUCAUCUGUCGAGUGGGAGGAAGCACUGAAAUCCAAAUGAGAUGAGCAUGAAAGAAUCCCAAAGUGAUUGUUAUGGGGAAAGUAGCUUGGAAAUGCCAAAAUAACCAUCCUCUUUAAAGGAAAAAGAGAUCAAAUUGAUUUCUACUCAGGAAAGUGAACAAAUCAUUGAUGGAACAUGGACUUUGGCUGUCAGCAUCUUCACUGUAGUCUACAAAACUCAGUCAUUCUGCAUUUGCUUUAUCUUGGAAUCAGUGGGAGAGGUACAUGUUUUUCAAGGUUUGGAGAGUUGUUUUAAGGAACAUUAGUUGUAAUAACUGCCCUUUAUGGAGGAUAUACCAGUGUAAAAAGUUAGAUAUAUUUAUAUGAACCUUAAAAAACAAGUCUCUCACUUGAAAAGCCAAAUUUUAUGAUAAAUACUCUAACAGAAAUUUUUAUAAACCUUUGUUACUUCUCAUCACCAGGUUGGAAGACCAAUUUAAAAAUUAAAGGUGGUUCAGUUUCAAAGUUUUAAAAAUAACUUUUACAAAUUUUAGACCAUAAGUUCCUUGAGAGUAAGGACUAAGUUGUUUUGUUUUUCUUUGAAUCCCCAAAGCUUAAUAUAGUGCCUGCCACAUAGGUGCUUAGUAAAUGCUAGGUGACUGAUAUGGCUCUAGCUAAUAAUGAAAUGAUAGUGACUCAUUUCUUUGAAAUUAAAUGAGUUCAUUCCAGGAACCUCCUAUGUUAUAUGAAUCUCUGGUUCUACCUAGCAUGUUAAGAGCCAACUGAGCAGCCUAACCAUUCAUCUCUUGGUGCACAUGUAAUAGAUCAUUUGUUUGAAAUGAUUUUUCAUUUGCUUUGUGCCCUUUGUUCACUCAUUCAAUGCCCCACUUAAAGGCCAUUCAUUAUAUUUCUACAUGUAUGCUUUGAGAGAAAUAAAAAAACCAGCAACAGAUUAAUAUAA